GCCAUCGCCGAGAUCCGAGAGUGGCCGCCAUCGCAGUUCGGGGACAAUAUGGAGUUUCAGUCCAUGUGUCUCGGCACCGUUGAGUUCUCCAGGGAGCUUGGUUUGCGAAAGCCCAGCUUCUUAGAUGAGACCCCGCGCUUACUUGCGCGGCUGGGCGAGCCAGGCGCGAUCGACAAUGUGAUGAUCCACCAAUGCAGGGCAGUCCCGAAGGAGAAGCACCACCCAGUGACAUUGCAGUUUUUGGGCGAUGACUCGCCCUUGAAGGCCCUCGUGCUGCAGCUGCCCUCAGCUGGAGGGGAGCUUCCAGAGAGAUUGCGACGGGCCGCCCAGGCCCUCAUCGACGUCCCGUUCGACGACCACAUCGUCGAGGGGCCGCGUGCGAAAGCGAAGCGCGUGCCGGGCAACUCGCGGCUUGCCGAGUUCCCGUUCGUGGCCUCGUCGCUCCGGCUGGACUAUAACAUUGGGGCCUUGGCCGGGGUGGUGGACGCGACUGGUGCUGGCAUCCAGCGCGCGUGGAACUCAUGGUCUGCAGUAGUGAAUAUGAGGGAGCCAACGGCGCCUUUGAGACUGGCCCCGCAGUUGGCGAGGAAGAAGGUGUACGAGCUCAACACUCACAGCCGUUUCCAACCUCAAGGCCUUGGUCGAGAGCCUGACGGCCCAGGUGACUUCGACGAGCUCGGGGGCCCUGGCGGAGGCGGCCCUGGAGACAUGAUCGCGGCCGCGCACGUCGCAGGCCCUGAUGAGAUCGAGCGCUACACCGACUUAUCCGACUCACAGAAGUUGAUGGCCGAGUUUCUGCGCGGCGCUGUGCAGGUGCAUGAGUAUGUGGCGGUGCCAAGUGGGCCAGACGACGAUCGACCGUUCUCGGCGUACCAGGUCCGUGCCAAGCAAGCCAGGGACAUCGUCGUGGAGACGUCCGGCACUCCGCCGACGGAUGUUACGACAUGGCUCUUCCACCCGAUGGGCGUCUUCAUCGACCUGAGUUGGGAAGCAGGCAGCGCGCCUGAGAGGCUCGACGUGUUCCAGGUUUCGCCGGUUUCGACGUGCGCCAGCAUGUUCACAGUUUUCGGAGACGACGCUUCAAAGAGGAGCUGCAUCUUCACGUUCAGUGUCGUCGAGCCUGCGAUCGAUGGCUGCAUCGGCCUUGGGGGCAGGACAAGCAUGUCCGAGCCCAACGUGCCCGUGCUGCGCCUGCUGGAUGAGCUGUCCGCGAACAGGUUCAGGGCUGUGGACGGCCUCUGCGCGCGCUCGCGCGGGUCGCCGCUGGUCUACGGCAGCCGCAGGGCCACGUCCAAGAGGUUUGACUUCCAGUGCGUUUUAGCGAAGGGCUCCAUCUUCAAGAAGGGCCAGAAGCGCUGCAGGGUGCAAUGCCCGAGGCGCGCGGCCUGUUCUAAGCGCAGGUCCCUGGCCCUCGGCACGGCCCAGCUCGGGCCCAGCGCCGCGAAGGACUACCUGUCCACGUGGCUGUCGGCCGCGGACCGCAUGGGCGUCGCAGAGCACCGCUCGCAUAAGCCAACG